CAUCUAUCGUCCACACAUACCACGAUGCAAUUGGGUCUCUCGGAAAACCUCUCCAGCCUCGUGGCUCGACGGUUUAACACCGCCAGAGAUGCAGGCCAUCUCAUAUUCUCCCAGACGCAUCUCACUACCGUCUACGCAGCGGGGAUUCCGUGUCAACUCCGCUACUGUCCCGCCCUGGCGAAAAAGCCCUCCGGCACACCGAAACCCGACCAAGGCCGCACAGGACCCAAACCAGAUCCCUUCCACGACCCGUCUCCGGAGCUCCUCGUCGCGCAGAUCCCACCCUCGCAUCUCCUCGUGCUGAACAAGUUCCCUGUCAUUCCUAAUCACUUUAUUCUUGCCACCAAGGAAUGGAAAUCUCAGACGGAUAUUCUGGAGAAGGAUGAUUUGGAGGCUGCGUAUGCUUGUAUCAAGGCGUGGGAGCCCAGCGACAAUAACAACAACAACAACAGCAGCAGCAGCAGCAGCAGCAGCCCCGCAGCAGACGCCACCCCCCGCCCGAGACUCUUCGCCUUCUUCAAUUCAGGGGAUGAAAGCGGCGCCAGCCAGCCUCAUAGGCAUUUACAGUUCCUCCCCGUUGAAGCUAUGAGCCAGGAUAGUGGCGACGGUGACGGCUGGCAACCCCUCAUCGACGCGGUUGCGCAGUCUCCUCCGCCUACGUCGGGCUCCCCCUACCGUCGCCUAAGCCAGCUUCCAUUCGCGCACUUCGCCCUCCCUCUCUCCGAGAAUCCCUCUGCAGACGAACUCCACUCAACAUACCUAGCCUUGUACCGCGCAGCACUGACAACCUUGCCUCAAAACCACAACCACAACCACAACCACAACCACAACCACAACCACAACCAGAAUCCCCCAACAACCGGCCCUGCAGCAAUAAGCUACAACCUCGCAAUGACAGAAUCCACAAUGAUGAUCUGUCCGCGGAAGAGCGAGAGUGCCCGCAUCGCAGUGGACAAUAGCACGAGCGAGGAAGUCGCUGAGGCGGGCGUCGUCGCGUUGAACGGCACCAUCCUCGCUGGGACCCUCAUGGUCAAGGCUGAAGCGGAGUGGAACGAGCUGCGGCGGAACCCUGAGUCGUUGGCGGGUGUGCUUGCUGCGAUUGGGUUUCCGCAUCCGGAUUCGAGAUGUUUGUCGUUGUUGUGAUGGUCGUUGCUGUGAUUAUUGCUGUUGUGGUUGUUGGCUGAUGGCUAUCGUGUGUCGUCAGUGGUGAUCUGAGUCUGGGACUCGAAGACUACUAGAUGGUUGUAUACCCGGCUGCCGUAUCAUAGAAUUAGAAUAUCGGCUUGGAUAGUGUCCUAGAGAUGCUACCCUGGACACGAAGAAGAACGUCCGCGCAUGAGGUAGCGAGCCUUCCAUAUGUUUCUCUUAUUGCUACUUACCUUAUUGCAUUGCACAUACUACAGAGUACACCACACAAAAUCCCACAAACCCAAUGACCUACUCUAUAAAAGAGAAUCUAUCAAGAAGUAAACUAUUC